AUGUCCCUAUUCCCGCCACGGUCCUCCUCCCGAAAACCGUUUCGCUCUCCUUAUUGGACCCAAAGAUGGCCCCAGUUCAUAAUACCAGUCACCAUUGUGGGAAUAAUUCUGCAGCUUCUCUUCCUGGCAAACAUGUCCUACCUCUACGGCGUCCUCUUUAAAUCAGGCUCCCGAGCUCAGGCUUUGAAAGUGCUGGCGGUUGACUAUGAUGGUGUUGAAAUUGGAAAAUCAUUGUCCCUCGCAUAUCAAGCGCUUGAAGCAAAAACGUUUCCGACUCUUGAGUACCGGUCGAUAUCUGAGUAUCCCAAUCCAGACUUACUGCAGGAAGCUGUUUGCAAGGGUGGCUAUUGGGGAGCUAUCUACACCCACGCCGACGCGUCGACUCGUCUCAUGGACGCUAUUCAGGGGAAAAAUACAACUUAUUAUGACCCGAGAAAAACAGUUUCUUACAUAUUCAACGGAGUCUACUAUCCGGUCAUCACUUCUUCCAUUAUCGACCCAGGCAUGAGGGCCCUUGUCAGCGCAGCCUCUCGGAUCUACUGUCGUGUUGCCAACGAGGCACGCUUAGCGGUUAAUCUCAGCGACCCCAUUUCUUCUAAUGUUUUUCUCAAUCCAAUUGAGGCUUCUUCCAUCGACCUCAUGCCUACGAGCCAAGGAUCGCGUGUUCUGUUUAACACUGUCUCGAUGGUUAUGCCGAUCUUGAUGCAAUUCUUCUUUUCCAUGGCUAUGAACGGCAUUUUUACUGAGACUGGCGUAUUUGCCAAGCUUUCGAAGCGCGAUAUAUACGCUGUACGGUUGAUAAUCAGCAAGGUAUACACCUUGAUGUGCGGAAUUUGCAUGUCUGGUUAUAUCUGGGCAUUCCGCGAAGACUGGGGAGCCUCUAGAGGCCAGUUCUUUGAGACCUGGAUGUGCCUCUGGCUUUACAUGGAAGUUAACUACCUCAUCGUGGAUUCAGUACUUGAUGUGGUUGUUCCAAUCAAGUUCUUCGCCUUCUUUUUCCUCACCUGGAUCAUCCUCAAUGUCGCCAGCACGAUUUGGCCGUUUGAGCUCUCGGCAGGCUUCUAUCGUUGGUCGUAUGCGUUGCCUGCGCAUAACACUUGGACUCUUCUCAUGACGAUAUGGUCAGGUGGAUGCAGGGCACAGAAUGAAGUUGCAUUACCUGUGCUUUUCACGUGGUGGGUGGUAGGGCAUGUAACGAGUGCCUGGGCAGUGAGAAGGAGAUGCUUGAUGAAUGAGAGUAUCGAUGAGGCAAAACCACUAGAGAUGGAGAGGUCAGCUAGUGUGAUGAAGGACUCAUAA